AUGACUACACAAGCAGCCCCCGCCAUUCCUCCGCGGCCGUCGAGGUCUCCACAACAGGGUCUUGCACCCGCCUCAGCAGAAGGCCCCACGAUCCCUCCUCGUCCGUCCAAUCGUGCUGAGCGCUCUGUAUCUCCCUUUCCCGAUAGCUACGCCCCGUCUCCUCUGAACGAUUUGCCCAACGGAUGGGGCCUGAAACGAACCACCUCGAAUGACCUACCCCAGAGACCCCCGAGUGUCACGAUACCUUCGCUCGGUCAAGAGGGCAUUGAAUACCAGGACCUGGAUGUGGCCAAUGUGUCAGAGGCUCAGCAGGCUACACCGCCAGAGACCCGGAACGUGGGAAGCGAUUUAAAGCUUCAUGCGCCAAGACCGUCAUUACCCACUUCCAGCGCCAAGGCAAGGGUGCAGGCUGUGACACGUACAGACUCCCGUCAGGCUGCAGCAGCAGGCUUGGGGCGUGCUCCAUCUCCUUCAAAUGACGAUCAUUCCGAGCGGCCUACCCGCUCACUGCACUCGCGAGCCAGCGGCUCACGUGGUGACUCCUCAACCAUGUCCGCGGAUCGUCGACAGUCGUUCCACGGAGAGGAGCAUGGCAUUCCGGAGAUCGGACAGAGAGUCCCGAUGUACCCUAAUGCGGGCGAUGUGCAAGCUCCAUCCCCCAGCCCUUACCUCGCCGAACCCCAGGAGAAACGCUCUGGACGCAACCACCACCGCACUCGCAGUGGCCGCGAGGCAUCUCUGCCUCCUGGCAGCUACGGUCUGCAUGGUCAUGGUGUUCCUUCAAACGACAAGUUCGAGAAGGCCUGGUAUGAGAAGCACCCCGAAGAAUUCGUCCGAGAGGAGCAAGGCCAAUAUGGCCCAGGGGUUGGUACACCGCGGCCCGACUGGGCCUUGAGCAGCGACGAUCUGAACAAGAUUGUCCGUGGCUCUGCAGUGAAUGGUUCUGGGCUUGGUACAUCCCCUGCCCUGGCGGGUACUCCAGAUGAGGAGGUUGGCUACAUUGCCUCAGACGAAUACACACAUCAGCUAGCGUCACCGGGACUCGACUCACGUCGUAAUUCUCGACUCGCUGUUGAGUCACCUCUACGCAAUUCGAGUUUUCCGGCUACCGAUGCGCAAGCCCAGCCUGAAACUGCUGUAGAACAGGAAACCGACGACAAAUCGACUCACUCCCGGGUCAUUCAUGUCGACGAACCGUAUCACCAUUUGCACCAUCCGGACGGCUUCGCUCAGACUCCCGGUCCCGAGGAGCUCACCCACAAUUUGGAUGUCGAGGAAGAAAAGGCGGAGUCUAUCCUGGCAGCUGACGAAGUACGCCCGGAGUCUGCCUUCCAGCACCCGGCUGUCUCGCCGACUUUUGGCCGAAAUGGCAGUGUAGACUAUGAAGGAAGAAGCCGCACUCCAAGCGUGACCCACAGCCGGUCGAACAGCAGGACGGCUAGUAUUCACAGCGGUAUGCCAGCUCUGGCGAGAUACAACUCGCGUGACGAGCACGAGGGCACACAUACGCCGCUUGAGGAUGUCGAGGAAUACGAACCUCUUUUUCCCGAGGACGAGUCUAAGGACCAGAAGCCCAUCACUCCCGCAGAGCGCUUCAAGCAGCGUCCGGAUCAAUUGAAGCACCGGUUUCCCAGCCAAGACAUCUGGGAAGACUCACCCAACAGCUUGCAAUUAUCUGCCACUGUAUCUACGCCGGACAUCCCCAAGGAGGAGGCUUUUGAAACACCGGAGCAGGAGUCGAAUCGUAAGAGCCAGGCGCCUCAGAUUGACGCUCACAAAGUCGCUUCACACAUUCUGGGAACGGACGAUCGGGAAGGCAGGCCUUCACGCCCGGAGAUCUCUAAGCAGCGAUUUCCGAGUCGAGAUAUCUGGGAAGAUGCACCUGAAAGUCAUACGCUGGUGACGACAGUCCAACCGGCAGAUGAAGAGGUCAAGAGCCCGGAGGUUCCCUCAAAGCCCAGCAUUCCCCUUCGGCCGCUAAAGCGCCCGGGACAGGCCCCUCCGGUGGAUGCUUCCUCGAAGCCGGUCACUUCCCCUACAGAUAAGCGACAUCCUCCCUCGAUUCCUGACAGACCGAAGCCGCAAAUUCCGGCCCGGCCCUCCAAACCUCUUUCGCGCGCCAGCCCUGAAGAGGCCAAGGAUGUUGCCGCUAAACCCAAGCCAGCCAUUCCCGCACGGCCCGGUGGAAGUAAGAUUGCCGCUUUGAAGGCCGGGUUCCUGUCCGACUUGAACUCGCGGCUCCAGCUCGGCCCACAAGCGCCCCCUAAGCCACAGGAGAAGAAGGAAGAGGAGGCGCCAGCCGAGAAAGUACCGCUCAGUGAUGCCCGGAAAGGCCGUGCGCGUGGUCCCGCCAGGCGGAAGCCAGCUGUCGAAAAGACGCCCGCAAGGCUACCAACCAUCCCCGAGGUCAAGAUCACAGAGACCUGGAACGUGUGGCAAAUGGGUGAAGACGGAACCCUGACCGUCGGUGACGAGAAGCCGACCACAGCCCCGACACCUCAGACAACCUCUCCGGAAGCCAUGGCACCUCCCAUCGCCAAGAAUCUUGCCGGUGAACCGGCUGAGCCCCAAGCUCCCACCGCCGCUUUCGAGAAAGGAGAAGCCCAAGACGAGCCAGUAUCGCCCGGCGCCGUCGCUCCAUCUGUAGCUCCAGCAGACGUCAGCCCGACGCAAGAGACUCUACCCGAGCCCGUACCGGAACCGACAUUCACCGAAGCGAAGCACCCCAUCCCGCUGGCCGACGACCACAGCACGGCCGCGCCGGCCCCUGCCGUCGAUCCUGUCACCACAGACGAUCUAUCCGCCGGGAAACCCACCAUCAUGUCCCCGCCUGACCGAUCGCCCAUCGACGACAUCGCAGCACGACUCUCUGCGUCUGCUGACGGUAAAAGGCCGUCGGAGGGUGACAUUGGCGAGACCCUCGACAACUGA